CUUUCAUUAAAUGUUUAAGAUAUUUAGAAUACCUUGUUUAUAGUUUGGAUAUUAUGAGAUUGAAAAGAAUUAGAUAGAAGUUUCCAUAAUCCUAGAAUUGCCAUUUUGAGGACUAAACAACGUAUCAUAGUAUAACUCUUCUGGCAGUUUGAGAGGCAUUAGUUUUUUUUAGCUAUAGAUUUGGUUAUCUGUUGAUAAUGUUGGACAAACCCUGUAGCUUAUCUCAGGUUUUCUUAUCUGUUAGGUGUGUUAGAAACAGUCAUAUUACCUGUAAAUCAUGUUUUUACCUUGUUUUUUCAGUUUCCAACUUUAUUAAUAAUGAAAUCUACCAAGCCUACUACUUUGGCUUUAGCUGUUGCUGUUAAUGAAACUCUCGAUGGCCUCUUUGGACGGCCAUCGAAAAAGGAGAGUAUGCGGAUUGCUCCAGGGUCUGGGUAUAAGCCCAGACCACAUUCUGAAGGUGACUUAUCGGAGCAGGACAUUCAAGAAAAAAUAAUAGAGGAUCUUGAUGAACUAGCUCUUAACAAAAAAUUGGAAGAAAUAUUGAAUGACAUGAACCUUUCUGAAGAAAAAAAAUCAGAAGUAAGAAAUCUUCCAAUUCGGAGUAAACAGGCAAUGCUAGUCAAUCAUUAUAAGGAUAGAAAUAAUUUGGACAAACCUGCGGAUUUCAUCAAUUAUUUACAUUUGAAUGACCUGAGUUUGAAUAAACUGUACACAUGUGUUGCAUCUCUCAAAGUGUCACUAACCAACAAUCCUGUUAGUUGGGUUCAGGAAUUUGGAAGUGCUGGCCUGAAAGCAGUUCUUCAUACUUUAAAUCGAUGUUAUUCAAAUAAUGAUCGAAACCAUGAUCGCAUUCAGUAUGAAUGUCUUAGGUGUAUUAAAGCAAUUAUGAACAAUACAGUUGGUUUAAAGGAAGUUUUCCAACAAAACGAAGCUCUGGUAAUGGUUGCGAGAUCACUUGAAGCAACUCGACCUCUCAUCAUGCUCGAAGCUGUAAAAAUUCUAGCAGCGGUAUGUCUGGUACCACCAGAUGGUCAUGGUAAAGUUCUUGAAGCAAUCACGAUCAAUGGAGAGCUAAAAGAAAUUGAGAGAUUUUCCCCAAUAGUUGCUGGCCUCCAAACUAAGAGCAAUGAUACUGUUCGAGUUGCAUGCUUACAGCUUAUAAAUGCAAUUAUUUCGACUCCGGAUGAAGUUGAUUUUAAAAUACAUCUACGUAACGAAAUGAUGAGAGUUGGUCUAUUUGAUUUGUUGGAUGUUUUAGAGAAAGAUGCUAGUGAGGAUUUGAAUUUGACUCUACAAUUAAAAGUUUUUAAUGACCAAAAAGAAGAUGAUUUUUAUGAAUUUUCUCAGCGUUUUGACAACUUAAGGCUUGAAUUUGAUGAUAUCAAUGAGUGUUUUGAAGUUCUUAAGAAUUUUGUCAUGGAUACACCAUCAGAACCCUAUUUUCUAUCAAUACUUCAACAUCUCCUAUUUAUAAGGGAUGAUAGUUUAAUUAGGCCUGCUUAUUAUAAGUUGAUAGAAGAAUGUGUUUCUCAAAUAGUUCUGAACAAAGCCGGAACUGAUCCUGAUUUUAGGGGCAGAAACUUUCAAAUAGAUGUUCAAAAUUUAUUAGAAAACUUAGCAGAAAAAUCAAAAAAUGAAGACGAAGAAAGAAUAAAGGGCCUCUUAAGACAGAUUGAAGAACUCUCCGCCAAACAGCAAGAAAAGGAAGCAGAGCUUGCUCUUGCUAAAAAAACUAUUCAGGAGUAUCAGACCAGUGGAGUAGUAAAGGUUAAUGGUAGCAGCGGAAAAGCACCACCUCCACCUCCAAUGCCUGGUUCUGGCAUUCCUCCCCCUCCACCUAUGGGCGGUGGUCCACCCCCUCCACCUAUGCCUGGCAACAUGGGUCCACCUCCUCCUCCACCACCACCUGGCUUUUCUGGACCACCACCUCCUCCCCCGCCUCCUGGAAUGGGACCUCCUAUGCCUCCUCCGUUGGGUAUGACACCUUUAGCAAAGCCACCUGAAGUCCUGCCUCAUGGGCUCAAGCCAAAGAAAAAGUGGAAUGUAGAAGGAAUUAAAAGAGCCAACUGGAAAACUAUAUUACCCCAAAAAUUAAGUGAAAAGUCAUUUUGGGUCAAAGUUCAAGAAGAACAGCUUGCUUCACCGGAUAUACUUGACGGUUUGGCUGUUAAAUUUUCAUCUAAGCCACCUCAAAAAAAGAAUGAAGAUGUUGUGGAUAGAUCUGGCACUUUAAAAAAAGUCAAAUUGCUCCGAGUCUUGGACAGCAAAGCCGCACAAAAUCUUUCCAUAUUAUUAGGUGGGUGCUUGAAGCACUUAACCUAUGCUGAUGUAAAACGAUAUAUUUUGAAUUGCGAUACUACUGUUUUGACUGAAAAUAUUCUUGAGAGUUUGAUUGCUUAUCUGCCUCCACCAGAACAGCUCAAGAGACUUACAGAGCUUAAAGUUGACUACAAUGAAUUAACUGAAGCUGAACAGUUCGCUUUGACCCUUGCAGAAAUUAAAAGGUUGCUUCCUAAGCUGAAAUCAAUGAAGUUCAGAAUACACCACCCAGAAAUGGUGCAGGAUAUCAAACCAGAUAUUGUUGCUGGUACAACUGCUUGUGAAGAAAUAAAGAAAAGUAAAAAAUUUGCUAAAAUAUUAGAAUUGAUAUUGUUAAUGGGUAAUUACAUGAACAGUGGAUCAAGAAAUGGACAGGCGUAUGCUUUUGAAAUGAAUUUCUUACCUAAGCUGUCGGCCACUAAAGAUUUGGAAAAUAAAAUGACACUUAUGCACUAUUUAGUCGAUACGAUUGAAAGGAAAUUUCCUGAGCUGUUGACAUUUGGAGAUGAAUUGAUGCACGUUGAUAGAGCAGCAAGAGUGUCAGUAGAUUCUAUCCAAAAAUCUCUGAGAAUAAUGGAGAAUAACCUCAAAAACCUGGAAACAGAUCUCGCAAACAACCGAGUACCCCAGAAUGAGGAUGAUAAGUUUGCUGAAAUCAUGGGUGAAUUUGCAAAACAAGCAAAAAAAGAAUGUGCUGUUUUAAACAGUAUGUUUAGCAAACUGGAGACUCUUUAUUCAGAUAUUGCCGAGUACUACUCCUUUGAAAAGCAGAAAUACACCUUAGAAGAAUUCUUUUCAGAUCUGAAAGGAUUCAUGGAUGGAUUUUAUCAAGCUCACAAGGAAAAUGUUAUGUCUCGCGAAGCUGAAGAAAAAGCUAGACGAGCUAAAGAAGCAAGAGAAAAAGCUGAAUUGGAAAAAGCAGAGAGAGCUGCUCGGAAAAGGGCGUUGGUGGAUAUGAGUGCAACUCAGACUCAGGAAGGUGUAAUGGACAGCCUCCUAGAAGCUCUCCAAACGGGAUCUGCAUUUUCCAGAGAUCAGAAGCGAAAAAGAGGUGGUCCACGUCCGGUUGGAGCUGAAAGGCGGGCUCAAUUAAACCGAAGUAGAUCAAGGACGGGUCUCGUCAGCAGGGAACUAGCAAGGUAUUCUUUCGAUUUCAUGAUUAUCAAUUAACUAUAUUUACAUUAAUUUAAAAUAAUGUUGAAUUAUUUUUCAGUGAAAUCAUUGGAUCAGCAUGAAUCAACGAAUCAAGUGUCAUAGAACAUGAUUUAUAUUAACAAUUGGCAUCCAAUUGUGUAUAUUAUAAGUUAACAGUAUAGAAUUUCUACUUAAUCUACUUUUAUUAUUUUUUAGAAUUUUCUUUUGCUAUAAUGACAUACAUUUUAACACGACUGUAAUUUUUGUAAAAAGAAAAAGUGAUGUCUAACCAUGGCAGUAGGGUUAUUUAAUAUUUAUUGUUAUUUGUAUUUAUUGUAAAUAAGAUGUUGAUAAAUAUACAUAGUAUUAAUUAUAUUUAUAUAUCAAAGAAAAAGAGUAUGAAAUAAAUAUUUAUUUAUUAUAAAUUCUGUUAAUAGCAAGAUGUUAUAUAUUUGUUUUAUAUAAUUAUACCAAUGUAAAUGUGAUGUUAAUUUUUGUAAUUGUAGAAAUUUAUAGUAAAUAUAAUUCAGGAAAGCUCUGUCUGCUAUGACAUGAUUGUACAUGUAUUUUUUAUUAAAUUUCUAAAUAUUAUUAAGUAUAAAAUUAAUAUGCUGGGCAUAUUUUAUAAUUAUUUAUUAACAAAAAAAAUGUUUCUUGGUGAGAAGGUAAUAAAAUAAUAAAUGACAACUACCUUUAUUGAUUAUAUGCAUUUAGGUAACUUAAAUGUUGAUUUAUGGUAUACUUAAACCAACCAAUUGGUUUCUUAAAUAUUCCACCAUAAAAUCUAUUAUUCUUUGUUCACUAUUUUUUGUUUGAUAUAUUAUUUUGUUAUUUUAAAGUAAUACCUCAAAAUUAAUAUUUCUAACAAGGAUAUAACAAAAAAAAAAAAAAAUAUUUUGAACACUGUAUGUCCUCAGGUCAAUAAAAAUUAUAUCUAUAUUAUAAUUAUACAUUCUGAUAUUAAAUAAAAUAUUACCUUGUAUUUUUAAAAUGCUCAUGCUCUCAAGCACAUAAUCAAAUUUUAAAUUGCUCAAAAUAUUAUAAAUGUUUUUAUGUGAAU